AUCAAGCAAUGAAAGAACUCCUCUCCUCAUUUAAUUGAAACAUCAACAAACAGAACAUCUCAUGCGGGCAAACGAAGAUUCAUAAUCAUGGGAUUCUCUUCCUCGUCUGCCCACCUUAGUUUGAAUCCAACGGCUACAUGAUGCAUUAAGAUUGACCAGCACAUCCCGUGAUUGCCAUGGCUAGAACUUCAGCUCCACAGGCACAAGUGAUCCCCGUGAGACAGAGCUGCUGUUGCUUCUGCUGCUGCUGCUGCUCAUGCAGCUUCACUGCUUCUCACCAGCUCCUCCAUCUCCUUCAAAUACCCACCCGAUGAGCUCCGAAUGAUGCAACAGAUUCCCGAUUUCGAACAGAAAAGUACCAUCUUGUGGCUUUCUUUUCCAUUUUUUUUUAAGGAUGGAAGCAGAAAAGAUUUGGUCUCUUGCUGUCAUCACCUUCUCACUCUGUCUUGCUUCACUUGUCAUGGCGGAAGAGGACAGUGCUCUCCGGACUUACAUAGUCCAGCUCCACCCCAAUGGGCCCACAAGAAUUCCCGCCACCUCCGAGCUCCUCCACCGGUGGCACAUCUCCUUCGUUCGGGAUUCCAUGUCGUCAUCUGAGGAAAGCGAGGACCCUUCGUCUCGGAUUCUCUACUCAUACCGCUCUGCCAUGGAAGGUUUCGCUGCACGCCUCUCCCAACUGGAGGUUGCCAGCCUGAGGAGGCUGCCCGGUGUUAUAGCCGUGAGACCUGACAGGAAACUCCAGGUUCAUACGACUUACUCGUAUAAGUUCCUGGGGCUCGGCACCUCGGCCUCGGGGGCAUGGGCGCGGUCUGGAUUCGGGAGGGGGAUGAUAAUCGGAGUGCUGGAUACUGGGGUCUGGCCUGAGAGUCCGAGCUUUGAUGAUCGUGGGAUGCCGCCGGUUCCCAGGAAGUGGAAGGGAGUAUGCCAGGAAGGGCAGGAUUUCAACUCCUCGAAUUGCAACCGCAAACUCAUCGGGGCAAGGUUCUUCACCAAGGGACACCGCGUGGCUUCAGCCCCAUCGCCAGAUAACCCCAAUGCAGUGCUCGAGUAUGUGUCCCCAAGGGACUCGCAUGGCCAUGGGACCCACACUUCGUCGACUGCCGGGGGAGUCUCGGUGCCUAUGGCGAGCGUCCUUGGUAAUGGUGCAGGCGUGGCCCGGGGGAUGGCACCUGAGGCCCACAUUGCCGUGUACAAGGUCUGCUGGUUGACCGGUUGCUAUAGCUCGGAUAUUCUGGCAGCAAUGGACGUUGCAAUCCGGGACGGGGUAGAUGUCCUCUCCUUGUCACUGGGCGGCUUCCCUAUACCUCUUUAUGAUGAUAGCAUAGCGAUCGGGAGCUUCCGGGCAAUGGAGCAUGGAAUCUCGGUUGUGUGCGCGGCAGGGAACAAUGGCCCGAUAAUGAGCUCAGUGGCCAACGAGGCACCAUGGAUUGCAACUGUUGGCGCAAGCACCCUUGACCGAAGAUUUCCAGCUCUUGUCCGAUUGGGGAAUGGGAAGUUCCUCUAUGGCGAAUCCAUGUACCCAGGGAACCGACUGGCCAAUUCAGGCAAGAAACUCGAGCUGGUUUAUGUUGCCGGUGGGGACAAGGGAAGCGAGUUCUGCUUUAGAGGUUCGCUUCCUAGAGAUAAAGUCCGUGGAAAAAUGGUAGUUUGCGACCGGGGAGUAAACGGGCGAGCUGAGAAGGGUGAAGUAGUUAAGGAAGCUGGUGGAGCAGCGAUGAUCCUAGCGAACACGGAGAUAAAUGACGAGGAAGACUCGGUGGACGUCCACGUCUUGCCAGCAACACAGAUAGGUUUUAGAGAGGCCAUUCGCCUCAAAGCUUACAUUAACUCCACCAGAAGGGCAACAGCUCGACUGGUGUUUGGCGGGACAGUGAUUGGCAAGAGCCGUGCACUGUCAGUGGCUCUGUUCUCAUCUCGAGGACCAAGCCUUACUGACCCGGGGAUUUUGAAGCCCGAUGUCAUUGCUCCUGGUGUGAAUAUUAUUGCAGCUUGGCCCCAAAACCUGGGCCCGAGCAGCCUCCCAGAGGAUUCUAGGAGAGUGAACUUUACUGUUAUGUCGGGGACUUCCAUGGCGUGCCCUCAUGUUAGCGGUAUCGUCGCCCUGAUCAGGUCGGCCCAUCCAAAGUGGAGUCCAGCAGCAGUUAAGUCCGCUAUCAUGACCACUGCAGACGUGACAGACCACUCUGGGAAGCCGAUCAUGGAUGGCGACAAGCCCGCCAGGAUAUUCGCAAUGGGGGCGGGCCACGUGAACCCUCCGAGGGCCAUCAAUCCGGGGCUCAUAUACGAUAUUAGUUCUAAUGACUACAUCACACACUUGUGCACGCUAGGAUAUGGAACUUCUGACAUAUUCACGAUCACUCAUCGGAACGUAAGCUGCCAUGAGCUCCUCCGGAAAAACAGGGGAUUCAGCCUCAACUAUCCAUCAAUAUCGGUCACAUUCAAGGACAAAGCCACCAGGAAGAUGAUCCGAAGGCGGGUCACGAAUGUGGGGGACCCGCACUCGGUCUACACCGUGGAAGUGGAGGAGCCCGAGGGGGUGAGGGUCCGGGUCAGGCCAAGACGGCUCGUGUUCGAGCACAAGAACCAGGUCCUGAGCUACCGAGUUUGGUUCAUUUCCAGGACGAUGGGAGUGAAGUCUUCUGAAGGACAGCUGACUUGGGUCCACUCUGAGAACAGAGUCAGAAGUCCCGUUUCAGUGACUUGGAAGCACAAGUGAUCAGACUCAACGAAAUCGGUUUACAGAUUUCUUUUUUUUCCUUUUUUCGGGUGAGAUCAUUCCCCGGUUGGGCGUUGGUUUAGCAAUGCUCACUAGAGGCAACACUGUAGGAAUGAGUUUGUAUUCAUGAGUUUCAGAUAAUACUCUAAUCUGAUUCUCGAAAGACUCUGCAAUAAA